AUGAUAUCAAAUGGAUCAACGAAAGUUAAUUCAGUAAAACAAGCUGAUUAUACAAUACCGUAUCAUUUACAAAAACCAAGAGAAGAAAGAGACUUAGAUGAAUUAUAUCCAAAUCUAGAUGAAAAUGCAUUAUUACCAGUAUUUAUAAUAAAUAAUGAACCUCAAGUACAACCUGACCCACAUCCACAAUCACAUUCGGGUUCUCAACAACAGUCACUAUCAAUUGAACAAAACGAUGAACCACCUUCCACAAAUACUCAUUUGAAAGCUCCAACUUUUGAAAAAAUACAACCAGUAAUACCCAAUCCAAAUAUCAAAUUCAAUAAACAACUACUAGAAUAUGGAUUUCAAGAACCUACGAGAAAUAAUGAUAAAAAUACCCAAAAUACAUAUAUACGACCAUUUCAACUACCUAUAAACCUAAUCAAAAAUUCAAAUGAUUUAGAGUCAACAAUACAACAAUUCUUGAAUAAAAAAAAACUACUAGUAGAUUAUGAUAUGGAUGAACAAGACUAUUUAUUUUUAAAAGAUCGUAACUCCAACCCUAGAAAUGUUAUCAAGAUAACUCCAGAAAUUUUUGAAAUCUUAAUAAGUCUAUUAGAAAAUGAAUGGAAAGUAUUAGAAAAUCAAAUGAAAUUAAUUAAUGUUUCACAACAUAGUCAAAAAAACGAUAUUACAAAUAAGAAAUAUUUAACUAUAGGUCAUAACAAUUCAAAAUAUGGAAAUGAUGAUGGAAUAGUACCUGGAUCAAUAUAUGAUCAAAGAUGCGCUGUUUGUAACGAUAGUGAUUGUGAUAACACAAAUGCGAUAGUAUUUUGUGAUGGAUGUGAUAUUGCAGUUCAUCAAGAAUGUUAUGGAGUUGCUUUUAUACCCGAAGGUCAAUGGUUAUGUAGGAAAUGUAUGAUCAACAAAAACAAAACUACUGAAUGUGUAUUUUGUCCAAGUACAACUGGAGCUUUUAAACAAUCAGAUAGUAGUUUAUGGAGUCAUGUUAUAUGUGCAUUAUGGAUUAAUGAAUUAUAUUUUGCAAACCCUAUUUAUAUGGAACCAAUUGAAGGUAUUGAUAAUAUCCCAAAAAGUAGAUGGAAAUUAACUUGUUAUAUAUGUAAACAAAGAGUUGGUGCUUGUAUACAAUGUGCAGGUAGAAACUGUUUUCAAGCUUAUCAUGUAACAUGUGCCAAAAGAGCUGGUUUACAAAUGGAAAUGACAAAGGGUAUAAAGGGUGCUAUAAAUGACAAAUCCACUAUACGAUCAUACUGUGAAAAACAUAGUUCAACAACAAGUACAAAUUUAAUAUUAGAAGGAAUACACAAGACAAGACAAUAUUUUAAAGAUACAAAAGUUCUUAAUGAACAAAAUGAAAGAAUAAGUAGUAAUGAGAAAGUAGCAAAUAAAUUAAAUAUUUUCAAAUGGCAAACUGAAUUAAAUAGUCCUAUUGCUCCAAAAUUAUUUAGUGAUAAAUUAAUUAAUAUAAUGUAUGAAUUAAAAGUUGAAAAUCAAAUAAGUUUACCAGAAGAAUCAACAAAUCAAUUAUUGGAUUUGAAAGUAUUACCUAAUAGAUCAAGAGAACAAAUUUUUAAAGAUUUAAAAAAUAUUGCAAAUGAAAUAUGUAGAUAUUGGUGUUUAAAAAGAGAAUUGAAAAAUGGUGCAUCAUUAGUUUCUAAAAAUAAUAACCUAAUAUCAGCAAGUUCAAUAUUAUAUGAUUCAUCAAAUUUAGAAAAUGAAAUGAGUGAUGUUAAUGAAACUCAACAAAUUAAUGAAAAAUUGAAUUUUGCAAAUAAUUUAAUACAAGAUUUAGAUAAAUUGAUUUCAAUUAAUUCGUUAACUAUUGAUAGACAACUAUUACAAAAAGAUUCAAUGGAACUUGAUUUGGAUAUAAAAGAUUUGGAAAAUUUUCCAGUUUCUAAAAAGGUUGAAAAAUUACUAGAUAAUUUAAAUAUGAGGUACGAUAAAAAUCAAACAAUAUUAAAUUAUCAACCCAAGACACCUCUGGUCAAAACUUUGAAAGAAAUAAUUCAAGAAAAUUUAAAAUACAAAUACAAAUCAAUAGAACAUUUAACUCAGGAUAUCAAUAAUUUAGGUCAAGCAAUUUUAUCGGAAAAUAAAUUAAGUUUUAAUAUUGUAAAGAGAUGGAAAAUUUGGAAAAAAAAUUAUGAAUUAGAAAUAUAUGAUUAUAGACAAGUAUUAGAAGAUAAUGAUUUAAGUGAAAUUGAAAUUGAUGAAGUAUCUACAAAUGAUGAAAAUCAAUUAAUGUUUAAUAAAUUUUUAAAUAGGUAA